AUGACACCAACUAUUCUGCUGUGCGCCGAUUUUGAUGAGACCAUCACUCUGCAAGACACGAUCACGCUGCUGUUCCAGCUGGCGUCCUGCUCUGCAUCAAAACAACUGCAACUAGUAGCGCAGUAUGUGAAUGAAAUGAACGACUAUCUUGAUAACUAUAAAGCCAAGUGGAUGUGUGCCUCUACGACUGGAAAUAAAAGCUUUGACAGGACGGGGUUACACGAAUUCCUGGAAGGGUACGCUACGAUAGAUCUUCGUUCUUUAGAGCGAGUAACCAAGUGUCGAGCAUUACAGGGAAUUCAUUAUCAAGAUCUUGUCAAGGCUGCAAGAACUGUACAAAUUCAACCGAAUUGUGUCGAUACAUUCGCAGCUGUGGACGAGUGGAAGAUAAUCUCUGCGAAUUGGAGCAUGGCUCUAGUAACUUCCGUGUUGAUGCAAUCUGGUAUAAUGCCAGUUGUUAAAACGACGCAAAUUAUCGUCAAUGACUUAAAGCUGGAUCCACAAGGAGUGACAACUGGAGAAAUUGACGUAAAAGUGCAAUCUCCUCUGGAUAAAGCACAGUGGAUUGACAAAGUUCGAUCAUCGUACACUGAGAUGCAAUCAAUCAUCAUUUACGUUGGUGACAGUGCCAAUGAUCUGCUUGCUCUGCUGAAAGCUGAUGUGGGAAUCUGUUUCGUAUCUGAUAGCAGUUUAUCGUCGUCGCGACUGUUACGUCAGCUUUUGAAGAUUUAUGGCGUUGAUGUUCGACCAUUGAGUACGUACAAGUCCCUUGCUGACUGUAUUGCCACGACUUCAGACGGUGGAAAUAGCAGACCUGUGAUCUUUAUGAUUACAGACUGGGAACAGCUCAAGCAACUUGUUGUAGAACGCAAUUAG